UUUUUUCAUGUACACACACGUGUACAGUAACUAAAUGACCUUCAAACUGGACACUGGACAAGUCCGUAUCAUUUUUCAUCAAUGAAACUAAAGGUAUGAAAGAUGGAGUUUGUCCAGAUCCAAUGUGUAAAGGUGAAACGGGGUGGCAGGGAGAACCAGGUUAUGUCGGUAUGACCGGAAAUAAAGGAGCACGAGGUCCGAUUGGAGUGAAAGGUAAUCCUGGUAGAGAUGGCUUACCCGGAGGUCUUGGUUUUAAAGGUGACACUGGUGAAAAAGGAGGGAAAGGGAAUACAGGGUCAAUCGGUCCUGUUGGGCCAAAAGGUUUUCCAGGAUCACCAGGUGUACCUAGUUCAAUACCGUUCGGAUGUAGAUGUGAUGGGUUAACAACAAGUACAACGGAAAAUGAAUCAGUUACUAACACAAAACACGAUCAGUCGGUUGUGCCGAUAAUAAUAAUUGGAAUUAUUCUAUUUGUCACAGACUUAGUGGUGAUUGGUCUGGUUACUCAUGCUAAAAAAGACGCAAAGUCCAUUCAGCCUGAGGGAUCAGAUUUAGGUUAG